UAAAAAUAAAAGAACCCAACAAAAUUUUCAUGACCAAUACCAGGAAAAAAGAGUGAGCCCGCUCCUUGCUCCCUCUUUAUUUAUUCCUAGCUCCUUCCCUCUCUGUGAUCUGAUUUCUCUUCAAGAUCUUCUUGCUUUGCUCUCAACAUCAAGCUGAGGGAGCAAUCUUGCUGUCGAAGGGAAGGGGGCAGAUAGCUGUGUGAAGGCAUUCAAGGAGGAUGCACUCAAUUCAUUGGAGAGGAAUGAGAGAGGCUCCAUAAGAGGCUGCACCUACUUGCUAAUUUCUAAUUAAGGGCAUUUAGCAGGAAAGAUACACACGGAGUUUUGGCAACAAGGGCAGAUCGAUUUAGAUUGGAGUAGAUUUCAUUUCGCAGGAGGAGACCUUUUAGAGUAGUUUCUUAAAAGCCAAUCACAAUGCUAAGGCAGGCAUCCAGUAGGAAUCAGAGGUCCAAAGGGUUCAAGGUCAAACAUACUCUUCAAAUACUCCUUUUGGUUGCUAUUUGCAUUUGGUUACUUUAUCAAGUCAAGCACUCACAUGAAAAGAAAAAGGCUUUUGAAGAGAGGAACUCAAAGAUUAUGAAUAAAAUUGUUGAGAAUGAAGCAGAUUUCUUCAAGUUCGGCAGGAAAGACCUCCCCCACACAGGGGUGUCAGGUUCUAUAAAUGAGGCUCAAAACAAAGAAGAAGACAAUGAAGACACCCAGGAAGAAGACGAAGACCAUGACACCAAGCAACAAGAGAUUGAGGAAGAAGAAGGGAGAGGUGCUGGAGAUGAUGAAAUUGAUGAACAAGAUAAUGAAAAAGGCGACGAGGAAGCCGAGCAGGGAGAAGAAUCAAUAGAAGAAGAGGAUAAUGAUAAUCAUGAAGAUGGGAAAGAUAGUCAUGAGGAAGUGGAUGUGUUUGAUAAUCAAGAGCAUGAAGGUGGUACACAGGAGGCAAGAGAAGAAAAUUACAAAAGAGAUGAUGCUUCGAGUGCUGUUGUCAAUGAGGAGCAAGUAGUUGACAAAACCGAUGAUAAUUUGAGUGCUAACGAUUCUAAAGGCGAUGAUGUAAGCAACGAGGGUUCUAAAAAUGAAGUCGUGGGGGAAAAUUUAGAGAAGAAAGUUGAAGAGUCAAAAAAUGAUGGUGCUAAAGGCAAUAACAAUUUGAUUGUUGAAUCUGGAAGUGCUUCUGUUAGCAAUGUUUCAGACACUGGACUUAAAGAUAAUGAGACCAUACAGAUUAACACCACGCCGUCCAAUGUAACGGUUUUUUAUAACAAUGAUGCAAAGGUUGAGUUUUCAAAACCAGAGAACUAUUCGGUUUCUAAUUUGACCACAGUUGAGCUUAACGGUCAGAUAGAACAGCAAUCUAACUUGAGAAAGGAAGCUGAAUCCAAUACCCAGAUUGAACUUCAGUUGAAUUCAACAGGAAAUAUAUCCGAGUUGCAAGCUGAAAGUAAAAAUAAUUCAACAAUGGGUAAUUCAGGUGACAUUUCGAUGUCAAAUGAUACUGUUAGCUUGCAUCCAGCCCCAAAUCAGAAUGCUGUAGCCGAUAAUGCAACUCAAGUAGAAGGCAAGGGCAACUUGCAGAAUGAAGGAGAGCAAACUGAGUACGCGAAUGCUACUACGGUGUCAUCAACAAAUGAAAAUGGAGAUGCAGCUCGAGGACAGUCUGAAGAGCAAUCUACUACAUCGACUAAAAAUGAGAAUGAAGAUGCUGCAGCUCAGGCUCAAGGAGAAUCUGAUAAUUCAUCGCAUAGUGUCAUCACAGUAGAAGAAAGGGAGGCCCGCAUGGAUCUAUCUACUUUACCCGAUAUCCAAAAUGAAGUAAGGUCCACAGAUGAUGAAGUUGCUGAGUGAUGUAAUGGUUGAUAUAGUGGGAUAAGUUUUCUUGUAAUAUGUAGGAUUCUGUAGUUUUCUGGAUGUUCUCUGCUUUGUUUUUGGCUUGCUUUCUGAGGUGAAUGAGAGCAUUUGCAGUUCUACUUUU